GUGUUGCAGAUCUUCUACCCAUUCUCACUGCAAGUGUUUCCUGACUCCUUCCCAGGACAGUCCAAAACUGACUGCCCCAGAGAUGUCAACAGAGAAAAGGCUAUUGAGAUGAACUGCACCAACGCUCUCCACCCUGACUCAUUCGGGCAUUACAGAGAAGCCAAGGUCACCGCCAUUAAGCACCACUGGUGGUGGAAGGUCAACACUGUCUUUGAUCAUUUGCGAGUGACUACUGAUUUCAAUGGCUAUGUGUUCUUCCUGGAGGAGGACCAUUACCUGUCACCUGACUUUGUCCAUGUUGCUAAGAGACUUGUUGCUCUCAAGAGGGAGCAAUGCCAGGACUGUGACUUGGUGAACAUGGGAACAUAUCAGAAGAGCAGCUUUGCAGCAAUGUCCAGUCAGGCUUCACCGAGUUUAUGGAAUGCGGGCAAGAACAACAUGGGGUUUGGUAUGGACCGGUCCACCUGGAACACCAUUAAAGGCUGCAGAGAGAAAUUCUGCUCUUAUGAUGACUACAAUUGGGACUGGUCUCUCAACUCUCUUGGAAAUACUUGUCUAGGAAAGAAGCUCAAAGUGUUGGUCAUGAAAGCUCCUCGAAUAAUACACAUUGGAACGUGCGGGACCCAUCAUCACCAUAAAUCCUGCAACGAGGCUGAACAAGCUCGAGUGGCAAGAGAGGGGUUCUCUCAAAACUCCGCCCACCUCUUCCCUGAAUCCCUGCAACUGGCUAACCCUCAGUCAAUGGGAGCAAGAGCACUCAAGAACUAUGGAGGCUGGGGAGAUACCAGGGACCAUCAACUCUGUCUUAGCUUUGUAACUACUUAGACUGCGUCAGUUUUAAUUUAUGUAUUGUGUUUCUCGAUGACAUUCAGAAUUAAAUUUAUUUAUAAUAA